GCUUUACGCGCAGUUUGAUGGCGUCGCCGCGCGCUCCACUCUUCGUUCUCCGAUCAUCGCUUACGAUCUCACGGUUUAUGGACGGCGAGGACCACAUAUUAUGAUAGAACACUGUCGGGAUUGCUUCUACAACAUUUUCGCCAAAGUGUUCUGUGGAAACUGUAUCUCUGCUUGAGCUCCGAACCGAGCCUUGAGAGAUAAGAGAAGAAGUUUGCUGGAUACAGGUGCGAUCUCUCUCUAACUCCAGCUGAUGAUCACAUACACGGAUCUGGACUGCCGGAUUCCAGUAGAUCAUAUCAGAUCUAGCUCAAGAUGAAGUCUGCCGGAGCUGGUGAUGAAGGACUCUUCACUGAGAGCUACUGUAACAUCUGCAAUGCUCAGCUGAUCUCCGAGUCCCAGCGUGUGGCACACUAUGAGAGCAAGAAACAUGCCAACAAAGUGCGUCUGUUCUACAUGCUCCACCCAGAAGAUGGAGGACCACCAUCCAAAAGACUGAGACCAGACAAUCCGGACAGUGCAGAAAAUGAGGUGGACAGAAAUAAAUGCUGUACGCUCUGUAACAUGUUCUUCACAUCUGCCAUUGUGGCUCAGUCGCACUACCAGGGCAAAACACACGCUAAGAGAGUUCGCUUGGUGCUGGGGGAGUCGCCAAGUCUGCCCACACCCACAGAGUCGGCCCCGCCCACCCCUCAGACCACAGACCCUCCCCCUCCCUCGUGGCAGCCGCUGACCAAUCACGGAGAGGCGGGCAAGUACUGCUGUUUGUGUGGCGCCUGGUUCAACAACCCACUGAUGGCACAGCAACACUAUGAAGGCAAGAAGCACAAGAGAAAUGCAGCGAGGUCACGACUGCUAGAGCAGCUGGCUGGCAGUCUAGAUGCCAAUGAAAGUACAGGCCUGCGCCGGAGUUACUCAUGCAGCGUUUGCAAAGUGGUCCUGAACUCCAUCGAGCAGUAUCAUGCACAUCUCCAGGGCUCCAAACACCAAAACAAUUUGAAACAACAUCAGCAAUGAAGAACUGGAAAUACUGCAGCUGAAACAGAACACGAAGACCGUUUCAGGAAUUUACAGAACUGCACAAACUAAUUGUGAACUCAUAAGAAAAGAUGUCUCGUUUGGCCACAGGAAUUGUUCAUCUACAAUAUCCGAGGCUCCUCAAAUGUCAAGUGUUUUAUUUUUUUAUUCACAAUCAAAAGCUAAAAGAUUGAUCUACUUUGGGAAUAUCGUCCAUCCUUCCACGAGCAUAACGUAAUAGGAUGUCUAUGAUCAAUGAACUUCAGUGAUAUUCAUCAUGUAACAUGAGCGCACCAGCCUGAAUAGAGAUGCAACGGUCCUGCUACUUUUAUUUUUGCCUUUCAAACUCUUGUAUGCAGUGGCCUGUCAUUUCUCUGCUCUUUAAACGACUCAUCGCUGCUUUUGUCGUUCGCUUUGGCAUGCCUGUUAUACAGAAAGAGAUCAUCAAUCUUAUUCCAGUAAUUUUGUUGAGUACACGUCUCACAUGUGUGUGUGAAUGCUGCCAGUGAGGAAUCAAUUCAGCUGCCUUUGUGUGAGAUCUCUUUCAGCUAUGAUCGAAAUCAACGUUUCAGCACUAAUUCCAGCACUGUUCUCACAGACUAAACACACGUCCUGUUUAUUCACACCACGGUCAGUGUCGCAGAGGGCAGGACAUUCCUACAGAGCUGUGAUGCUGUUUAAACACUGAUGUCAAAUGGAAUAUGCCAUCAAUAUAAAGGAGUCCAGAUGCAAUGAGUUGGCAUUUUUCACUAUGACUCAAUCAAGGAUGAUUCACAUGGACGUAAAUGUGUGAACCAGGCUCUGAGCUUUAUCUAAAUCUAUGCCAAAAUGACUGCCUGUAAAACCAGAGCUCAGUGCCUGCUGUUUUAUGUAUGAAUGCUCUUUUUUUUCUUUUUCUUUUCUGUUGUGGCAUAAAAAAUAAAAAAGUGGUGUUUUUCUCGUUAUCUUAGACUAUAUGGUAGCUACUAAACUAAAACUAAAACAGACCUGGGGCCUCAUUUAUAAAUACAUGCACAGAAUAACUGCUUUUCCACCAUUGGGCCAAACCAUUCUCUUUGCUUUACCAUUCUGUUCUGUGCUGAUUCGCCCCAGCCAGUACCGAUAUGGUUUUAUUUUCCACUGUGGGGCUGAUAACGGAGCUCUUUGGAAUUUAAUACAAAUGCAUCAGUCGUUGCCUUUGUAAAGCUUACAGAUGAUAUGAUAUGUAAAUAGUGACCACGUUAUGGAAGAUGAUUGGAUAUUUCGCUCAAAUAGUGCGCUUCGCCAGUUACAAAAAGAUAAAAAAUAAAAAAACGAUAGCCAAGCAACAGACAAGUGACCAAACCUGAGUUGCGACGUAACUACACACAUUCUCCCAGAACAGUUAAACCUACUAGCCAACCAUACUGAGAAUUCUGGGCCGAGAACAAUUUGUAAUCGUGCCGUACCAGGCUCAAGUGGAAAUAAAACUGGAACUGUUCCGUACUGUUGUUAGAACUGUUCGGCCCAAUGGUGGAAAAGCGGCUAAUCACCCUGAACGUGAGCAAACAAUCAUUUCCAAAAUGUUCCUAAAAAAAGUCAUUUAAAAAAAAAAGAAAAAAAUCCCAAAUCCAUCCUGCUUCAUUUUGUAUCCUACAGGAUGCCCACAAAUAUCCUUGUAUGGUGGAACAAUUUUGGAUUUAUUCAUUGACCAUGUUUACAUGCACCUCUUAAUCUUAUUCAAAAUCAUUAUCAUAAAAUUCCAGGUCUUUUUUUAAUAUUUUGUUAUAGUGGUUUUAAAAAUAAGACACUGACAAUUACAUUAUUAGCAUUUGUGCAAAAAUGUAAUUGAUAUCAGAAUAUUCAUGUGAAUGUAAAUGUUGUCACUCAUUUGUUUAUUCAUUCAGAUGAAUAUUCCCACAUCAGUUUCUGCCUUUAUGAAUCCCAGUUUGUUCAUCACUUUUAACAUAGAAUCAAAUCCAUGAGAUUUUAUAUAGAUUUAAUAAAUGAGGCCUUGGUCAGAAUAGUGUGAUAUUUAUGCAAAUCUGAGUAUUACGGUAGCGACCAAGCCAGAUGUUUUAAAUGGUAUGGUUAAAUAAUGCAAAAAAAAAAAAAAAAUAAAUAAAAAACUUUUUUUUGUAAAUAAUCUAUACACAACAAUAUUGUUAUUACCCCUGAAUUGCUAGUCUAGGAUGAUUAUUGUGGAGUAUUUAUGUAACGGAGGCCAGCUAGUAAGAGCUGUAUAAGUAAGCCUGGCCUCAAGAGGUGCGCUAGCAACUGACACUACAGGCUGCAGUCUUCAGGGUCCUUGUUAGUGCGCCCGCCUCCCAUGCUGGAAGUGCCGGUUCGAAUCCCGCUCAGAGCUGUGCGAGUAGAACCGGAGGGGUUACAUCUACUUGAAGAGAUUUUUGUGUGCUGCUUUUUGAUCAAUAUGUGAUUGAACUGAAAUCCUGAAAACCCUUGGGCUUUUACAAAAUACCUGUUAACAGCCAUUGAAGACAUUGUAUUUAUGUCUAACCCCAAUGAUGUCUCUGUUGAAAGUUAUAGAGGAGUAACAUUUCAUUUACUGUGAGCUAGACUAUUAAAUGGCUGUUAUUUGAAUGCGAUGCCAGUAUUUUUGUCUUUGUUUCCAGUAAAAAUGUCUAAACAUUAAAUAUAUUUUGCAGUGCUGUUGGCUACAGUAUAAAAGGACUCAGGAUUACAGGACCUCUGUUGUAGGCAUUGUUUUGUGAAUAAUACCAGAAAGUUCAGGACAAAGCAUCAGGACAAAGGACACUACAGAUUAAUUUUCAUCUGAAGUACAAAGUGGCGGGAUCUUUGAGAACAAACUCAGGCUGUUAAGAUGUAUCAGUUUGUAUCAGUUCUUGUUUCACCUCAUCUCAGUCUUUAGCCUUUUUCUGAUCAUGUAAAUGCAAAUAUCAGUCUCACUGUCAAUGAAAUGGAAUGCAAUUUCAACUACAAAUGGAUUACAAAAUAUUUUAUGGUCAAUAUAUGCUGUGGGCUAGAAUGAUAUAUUUAUUAUGAAAAAAAAAAAAGACAUUAAAUACAAUGUAUGAAAGCAUAUAUAUGUAAAUUGAAAGAAUUGUGAAUUUCCUGUGAAAUGGUGAAAAAUGAAGUCUGUACUGUGCACAUUUGUAAAUACACUUGAUAAUGACUAUUUUCACUUUCAAACUAUAAA